GAAAAUCAAUAAAAAUCAAUACAAUCAAAAUGGACGAUGAUAAAUGUCCUUUACAAUACAUUGAAUUCAAGACUUUAGAUCACGGUAAAAUGUGUCCGUCUUAUUCAUCUGUUCUUAAAAGGCCCCAAGAUCAAGGGAUAACGGUGGAAGAUUUGCCAAUGCUUCAGAGCGAUCUAGAAACUUUGUUGGCUGCUGUAAACCGUCGUUCUAGGUUACUGGAGUCUGAGAACAAAGUUUUAUCUGAUUGGGUCGACAGAAAAGAUAAGAAAGGCUCCAGACAGAAAGAGUUAGAGAUUUUGAACUCUUUGAAAAGAUGUAAACCUGCCUCAGGCGAUCAAAGAGGAAGCAAGAAACAAAAAUUGGAUGACAAGUCAACAGCCCUCGCUCAAAAGGUCAAGGGCAACAAAAAAUCAUCAAACGCAAAAUCCCAGGACUAUUUUGAUGCUGACGAAGAGACAAAUACUGUGAAAUCAAAAUCAAUUGAUGCUCCAAACCGCUUCUGGGCCACAGUGGAGCCAUACUGCGCAGACAUUACCUUGGAAGAUUUGAAAUUCUUAGAAGAGUCAAUAAAAUCAUCUGAGGAUAACUCAGAGUACUAUAAAGUGCCGUCUUUAGGAAAGCAUUAUAGUGAAAAGUGGGCAAUGGAGGAUUUAGCAGAAGAACAAGAAUUUGGAAAGAAGGUGAACGAAAAGAAACAAUCCACAUUAAAAUCUAGUAACGUUGACAGUGUUAAUGAGGCUACUUUGGUUGACAUUUUGAAAAAAGGUGCUACAGACAUUGGAAAUUUACCAUCAGAUGAGGUCUGUCCAUUUGGACCACUAACCCAAAGGCUGAUUAGUGCAUUUGUAGAAGAGAAUAUCAUUGCACCAAUCACAGAAGAUGGUUUGGAUGCAAAAGCUGCUAUCGACAAGGUGGCACCUCCAGCGGGAACAAAAUUGAUGCACGUGCCGCAUGCUCGCACGCUGGAAGUGAAAAUCAGGCAAGAGCUGAUUGCACAAGGGAUAAUUGAGAAACCAGCAGAAAGCGAUGAACUUCAAGAUGGCGGCGGCGGUGGUGACGAGAUUCUCAACGAACUAAAAAAGCGACAGGCUGAACUUCAAGCAUUGGUCACAUCCAACCAGAACACGAAACGCGAACUUCUCGAGGCCGCCCAGACGGAAAUGCGGAAACAGGAACUGCGGCAUCGCGUGCAGUCUGCGGACGCAGACGUCCUGGAGUGGUUUCGUAAGUUUUCUUCAUACAAGCAGAAUAAGAAAAGUCCGACGAAGCGUGAACGAGAGAUGGCGAGUAAUGCUCUCAAAGAACGUGAAACGAUUCUGCGUGUGCUAAAUUCGGAAGUACUUUAGGUGGUGUAGAUCGCCACAAUAAUUUAGUAUUUGUAUCCAAAUAAAUUUGU